AUGUCAUCUCAUGAGUUUCUGCCAAACAGGUAAGAUAAUCAGGCCAUGGUUAAAAAUGAUCAAUUGUUCCUGUUCUCAUAGGACUUGUAGAGAAUCUCUGUGUUGUAUAUAAUCAAACCAAUUUGGAAGAUAUUGUGUGUGUGUGUGUGUGUGUGUGUGUGUGUUCGUGUGUGUGCGUGUGUGUGUAGGGAGGUGAGGGGGCAGAGAAAAUGUCACUUUGGAUCCCCUCUGCAUGACUCUAAGCCCACACGUGUUGCAGCUAGUCUGUCCCCAUUGCAACUCGCAUGGAUGACAGAUGAACAAAUCGCCCUCACCCUGGCCCAAUGAAAAACCCAUCUCCUUUCACAUUCAGCGGGCUCUCAGCAAAUGGGGCUGCUAUUUAGAGAAGAGGUGCGUCCCAAGUGGCACCAUAUAUUCCCUAUUUAGUGUGCUACCUUUGACCAGGGCCCAUAGGGCUCUGGUCAAAGGUAGUGCAUAGGGAAUAGGUUGCGAUUUGGGAUGGAGCGAAGGUCUUUGCUUCUUUGCUUCCCAAAUGGCCCAUGAACCCAUUAAGACGACGCAGAUCAAAUAGCUACAUAUUAGGAAUUUUACAGAGCCGUUUCAGGCUGGCCCGGACCGACUAUAAAUGUAUCGAUGUGAUAUCAUCCUCUUUUUGGAUAGAAUUAGAGUAGAGUUUUUCUUCCAAUGGCUUUCUUUAUGCAUGGGUGUAUCGUUGUAAGCUUUUACCACAUAGGACUGUAGGUGCGAUAUUGAGAAGGUACUGCUACAGUACAGCAUGUAUAGAUUAAGAGAAUGGGUCCUAGCACUGAACCCUGUGGGGCACCGCAGGUUAUGGACUCCUCCCAUCUUGUCUUUCCAAUGAUGAGGUAUUGCUUUCAGUUAGAAAGGAAGGUACAGUACAUCCAAACAUAUUACAGGGGCAGGGGACUGCCUACAAACAGAUAGAAUGAACAAUGACAAGCAUUUACAGUAAAUUGACAUAAGUCGCAAUGCACUCUGGAUGAUUUUAGGCGUAACUGGUAAAUGAUACCGUAAAUUCUAAAUGAACUUUGGUUUAACAGUACAUUACUGUAAAAAUGUGCGUUAUUUCGAAUGGUACUGUAAUUCCACCCCACAGAAUACAGUACCCUACCGUAUUUUUGGAGCGCCAAAAACGUUUUGACCACUAGUGGGUGCAUGAUAUUGUUGUUUCUGGCUCAUUAACAUGUUUUUAGGUGUGCCUUGUAAGAGGCUACAUUUGUUGUACCCGUUAGUGAGAGUGAUGUUCCGGUUGCCUGUAAGUUACCUUAAAACAACGAUACCAAAGAUUACGGUAAGAGUAUUUGUUAACGUAAAACGACUACAGUAGCAUUAUUGGUACGGUAAAUCAGUUACAGUAACAGUAUUGGAUACCGUAAAAUACUGUACGGUAACAUACGGUACCUUCUUUAACGGUAACAUACAGGGAACUGGCUGCCAGUAAGUUACCAUAAAGUGUCUGUAGAGUACACUGUUGAGACUAUCAGCAAAUGAGCAGGCAUCCGUGCUCUUUUUCCAGUAAUAUAUAUAGGCAGCUUUUAAACAGGGCAUGGUCAAUGCCAAAUCAGUUAUGGUUGUAAAGUGUUAUAACUCUUUCACCAUGGGGCAAACCUGCACACAGUGCACAAAUUACGGGGGAUCAUGAGCUCCCCUAAAUGCAACAAAACUCAAACUUUAGUCAAACUUUAGUCUCUAACCAUUCUCCUUGUUGUUUAAAAUGCAAUUUUGUACUGCUAUUCUACAGUGGCAAAUAUGAAAAUAAAAGCUUAUUCCAAAUUAAACAAACACCCCCACAUCUCUGUCAUGGUUUAACCCAGUGACACAGUUGGUUUAGGUUCUUUCAAUUACAUUUUACAGUUUAGUCAUUUAGCAGACGCUCUUAUCCAGAGCGACUUACAGUUAGUGAGUGCAUACAUUUUUCAAUCGCAUUCAUCUCCUGUCUGCCACUCUCUCUCUGUCUUCCCACUGGGCACAUACAUCAAUUCAAUGUGUAUUCCACGUUGGUUUAACGUAAUUUCAUUUGAAAUGACGUAGAAACAAUGUUUAUUCAACCAGUGUGCGCCCAGUGGGUUGAGCUUUCGCAAGCAAACUUGCAACAUUGUGUCCACUGGGUCCUGCCCGCUAGCAAACUUGCAACAUUGUGUCGACUGGGUCCAGCCCGCUAGCGAACUUGCAACAUUGUUUCAACUGGGCCCUCACAGUUUUCUGCACGGAUGAGCUCGGGACAGACAAAGCUGUACUUGAAUCCAGUAUUUCAACCCCUUUCCAGGUGUCACAAUUUUUCUUUUAACAAAAAAGGUACAUUUGUCAGCAAAACGCAUCAAUGAAUUCAGGCUACAAGAGUGUAGGCCUAAUGACAGUCGAUGAAUGUCAUUACACCUUUUGGUGUUUUGUAACAGAUGUCUCUUUUCAUUGAUCAAAUGGCGGGUGCACAGUGCACUGUUUGGAUGCUGGAAUUAUUUUGGAGUGGACAAAUGUGCGCAGGUAGCCUACUUUUUUAAAUGAUUUGUUUGACAAUCAAAUGAGAACAUCAUGACUGGUUGUGUUAAUGCCACAUCAAAGGUAAUACAUGUUUACCGUUUAAAUACAUGUCUUUACUAUUAGGCCCAUAACAAACAAAAAAAUGCACGCGCAAAUAGGAAGUCCCUUGAUAAAAUUUUACACCCCCUGAAUGUCACAGUAUAAUUCACACUUUGCCUGCAUGUCCUAUCUCUUAUGUGAAAUUAUUUAACCGGGGGAUCUUACUAACGACUCCAUUGAUCAACUCAUGACUGUUGCCAUAGAAACACAGUGUGUGUUUUGUCUUUCACAUAAACUAUUGAGUGUUGUGCUGUGGUGUUGGACUGUCUCUCAGGGCCUGUUUGGACAUCGCCCCCAGCCAAGUGUGAAUAACGGGCUCCAGGAGAGCUCUGUUUGUGUUUGUGUGUGUGUGUGUGUGUGUGUGUGUGUGUGUGUGUGUGUGUGUGUGUGUGUGUGUGUGUGUGUGUGCGUGCGUGCGUGUGUCUGUGUCUGUAUGCGUGUGCACGUGUGUGUGCGGGAGCAGGAGCAUUUUUGCGUGCCAUCGUGUUGAUGCCUAUUUUUGCACUAUUCAGGCUUAAUUCAGAUUAGUAUUUAACAGUUAGUGAAUAUAUCCAUGUAGACUUUGAAGGAGGGGGAAUUAGAUUGUGAGUUGCUUGGUCUCGUGUUGUCCCUCUGCAUUCUACCCACGUUUCUCCCAUAUUUAGCUCACCAUAGGAUUACAUUUAGUAACCAAGUUAAAACCACUGUCUUCCAUGCUUUCCUUACGGACAGUCGUGUUUAUGAUUUAUUGCUUUAUUGCCCCCCUACCUUACACUAGGGUGGAGGGGGGGGGGGGCACACUGGUAAUGAUCAGAGAUGAUGACCAACCCAAACUAAUCACUUAACUAUAUGCUGAGUAUACAGUACCUCUAGACUGGAGGUUAUAUAGGCACUUAUAGUAACAAUGAGGUAGUGAGGUAAUAUAAUUACAAUGAGGUAAUAUAGUCUAGCUUUUUUUCUAUAUUCUGAAUAAACCAUUUACCCAAAUUGUCAUUGAUAUACUGUUUCAUAUCUUCAAAUACUCCAUAGCAUGGGAUUAAAUGUGACCAUUGUGCUGUCACUGGGACUGGCUUUGUGGCUUUACUGAACAGGUAGUCUCUCGGGACAGCCUUAAAGGGGCAAUCCGCAGUUGAAACAAUAACAAAGCGGCCACAAUACAGAGUAGAGCCAUGGUGAGUGAAUGAGUCAAGCCACUGCAAUAACAUGCUUCGCAACUCAGGGUACAGUGUCACAAAUAGGUUGGGAUUGCUGCUUGAAAGAUUUCAGAGUUAGUUUAAUAUUGUAAGACUCAUGGCUCUAUUCGAUCAAGCCUACAUUGCAAUAUUUAUGUAGCAUGUCAACUAUAGUCUUUCGUGGCCAUCCUUCCAAAUCUCGUCUUAUGGAUCGUACUAAGAAUAGAGUACAUUUUAUGUCCCUUAGAUUUUUUAAAGUAAGAAUUGUGCACCAAUAUUGAAUUUUAAAAGCCUGUUAUAUUAAAUGAAGUACCCUUUAAAAUAGACCACAUGGAAAGUUCAAUACAUUUUGAUAUGAAUAAAGACUUGCUAAAGUGCAAAAACUCUGGAUUUUGACAUGUCCCUCGUCCUGUUUUUCCGACAUCUAUUUCAAAACGGAAAACAAAGAUGAGUGCUUCUUAUUGAACAAAUUCAGAUGGUUUCGUGCCUACUGAACAGGACCCGGAAGUAUCUCGUUACCCAUCAGCUGCCGUGGUUACAUGCUCGAGGUAGAAGUUGCUCUCAACCACAGACAUAGAUGUCUGUUACUGUGAUCAACUGGGUGUGAAAACGGGGUCAUCGGCACUCCGCAAACUGUGUUAGCCUGCUGAGCUAAAGCCUUAGGAAUAAGCUCAGGGAGCUAAAGUGAGUCUUCAGGUCUCAGACAAGGUUACUCCUCACACGUGUCCUUUACACCAGAAAGUGGCUAGUCUGGAUAACUUUAGCAAUUGAAGACUCUUCCUUCUUCUUCCCACAGACAUGAUGACUUGAAGGAGAUGCUGGACAGCAACAAAGACUCCCUGAAGCUGGAAGCUAUGAAGAGGAUUGUGGCUGUGAGUACUGCUGUCAUCAUCUCCACUGUCAACCACCACCAUCUUCUAAAAAAAACUCACUGGGCGAAUCUCAGAAGUCUUUCCUUGAUUACUCAGGAGGAGGCGAGGAAUCAAGCACAUGAGGAAUCUUUGGAAAAUACUUUCAAGAUUCUUUCUCUCUCUCUCUCUCUCUCUCUCUCUCUCUCUCUCUCUCUCUCUCUCUCUCUCUCUCUCUCUCUCUCGCUCUCUCUCUCCCCCCCCCCCCCCCCUUACUUUCAAAUCUGCUUUCAGAGCUAAUGCUGUAAUUUAGAAAUUUCCACCCCAUGUCCAAGGUAAAGUUUCAGAUCUUACUCUUUGAGUAAUUCUGAUUUCUGUAAAUACACAUUGCGGCCCUCAAGGCUCAAAGUAGCAUCAUAGCCCACAAUAUUUUGGAAAUCAUAGAUGGCAUUUAUCUUCUAUCCAUCUAUAUCUUCUAUCCUUCUGGUGGUUGAUAAAUUGUCUUAGUCCUAGCUUCAACAACCAUCAGUAGGUGUUAGUCUUCUAACUCGUUGUCUGAGUUACCCUCCCGACUGUCCCAAUUAGCCCAUACGUCAGUGGCACCCUUUGCAUUUUCCAAUCGACAUCUAUUAUGAAUACGGUUGCUUUAAAAUAUUCAUGAUAUUAAUUAUGUAAUUGUAAAGGCAGAACAGUUUAUUUUCUGGAGUACAUUUUCUGCUACUGUCGAAAAUGUGCUUGCAAUCGAAGAGGGCGUACUCCUCAUAACAAGAAUAGCCUGAGGGAUUGAAGUUGAAUAUCUGCCAUUCCUAAGACUGAACCCAGGCGUCCCAUUAAAGACGACAGCUGUAAGAGAAAGCGAGAGAAUAUUCAUUAUCGGUGUCAGUUUCUUACUACUGAAGCAGAGCAGCCAUCACUGCAUAAUUUAUAUCUGAGAAGCGUUAGAGAGGUGGAGGGAAAAAUUUUGCUAGGCCGAGUAAGUUUGUGGCCAAAUAUAAGUCUGAUCAACUGCGAAUGCAGGUUGCCGCCACCAGUACUGUUACGCAAAGGAUAAGGUUUCAUGUUCUACUUUGAUGACAGUAUAGGAGAAUUGGUUAACAUCUUUUAAAACCCCCAUGCAGUCUUUAUUUUUUUUAUAUUUUUUAUCAUCACUGUAUGUCUAAUAAACCACUGGGUGUGUUUAUUUGAUGAAAAUAACUCCCAAAUACAGUGGGGGAAAAAAGUAUUUAGUCAGCCACCAAUUGUGCAAGUUCUCCCACUUAAAAAGAUGAGAGAGGCAUGUAAUUUUCAUCGUAGGUACACGUCAACUAUGACAGACAAAUUGAGAAAUCACAUUGUAGGAUUUUUAAUGAAUUUAUUUGCAAAUUAUGGUGGAAAAUAAGUAUUUGGUCACCUACAAACAAGCAAGAUUUCUGGCUCUCACAGACCUGUAACUUCUUCUUUAAGAGGCUCCUCUGUCCUCCACUCAUUACCUGUAUUAAUGGCACCUGUUUGAACUUGUUAUCAGUAUAAAAUACACCUGUCCACAACCUCAAACAGUCACACUCCAAACUCCACUAUGGCCAAGACCAAAGAGCUGUCAAAGGACACCAGAAACAAAAUUGUAGACCUGCACCAGGCUGGGAAGACUGAAUCUGCAAUAGGUAAGCAGCUUGGUUUGAAGAAAUCAACUGUGGGAGCAAUUAUUAGGAAAUGGAAGACAUACAAGACCACUGAUAAUCUCCCUCGAUCUGAGGCUCCACGCAAGAUCUCACCCCGUGGGGUCAAAAUGAUCACAAGAACGGUGAGCAAAAAUCCCAGAACCACACAGGGGGACCUAGUGAAUGACCUGCAGAGAGCUGGGACCAAAGUAACAAAGCCUACCAUCAGUAACACACUACGCCGCCAGGGACUCAAAUCCUGCAGUGCCAGACAUGUCCCCCUGCUUAAGCCAGUACAUGUCCAGGCCCGUCUGAAGUUUGCUAGAGUGCAUUUGGAUGAUCCAGAAGAGGAUUGGGAGAAUGUCAUAUGGUUAGAUGAAACCAAAAUAGAACUUUUUGGUAAAAACUAAACUCGUCGUGUUUGGAGGACAAAGAAUGCUGAGUUGCAUCCAAAGAACACCAUACCUACUGUGAAGCAUGGGGGUGGAAACAUCAUGCUUUGGGGCUGUUUUUCUGCAAAGGGACCAGGACGACUGAUCCGUGUAAAGGAAAGAAUGAAUGGGGCCAUGUAUCGUGAGAUUUUGAGUGAAAACCUCCUUCCAUCAGCAAGGGCAUUGAAGAUGAAACGUGGCUGGGUCUUUCAGCAUGACAAUGAUCCCAAACACACCGCCCGGGCAACGAAGGAGUGGCUUCGUAAGAAGCAUUUCAAGGUCCUGGAGUGGCCUAGCCAGUCUCCAGAUCUCAACCCCAUAGAAAAUCUUUGGAGGGAGUUGAAAGUCCGUGUUGCCCAGCGACAGCCCCAAAACAUCACUGCUCUAGAGGAGAUAUGCAUGGAGGAAUGGGCCAAAAUACCAGCAACAGUGUGUGAAAACCUUGUGAAGACUUACAGAAAACGUUUGACCUGUGUCAUUGCCAACAAAGGGUAUAUAACAAAAUAUUGAGAAACUUUUGUUAUUGACCAAAUACUUAUUUUCCACCAUAAUUUGCAAAUAAAUUCAUAAAAAAUCCUACAAUGUGAUUUUCUGGAUUUUUUUUCCUCAUUUUGUCUGUCAUCGUUGACGUGUACCUAUGAUUAAAAUUACAGGCCUCUCUCAUCUUUUUAAGUGGGAGAACUUGCACAAUUGGUGGCUGACUAAAUACUUUUUUCCCCCACUGUAUAUAUUUUUUCAUUUCGCUUAGCCUCCUUAUAUAUAUAUUUAUAUACACAGCCCUGAUUGGCGGAUAGGAUUGUCUAGACCAGGGGUGUCAAACAUACGACCCACGGGCCGGAUCCAGCUUUCAAAUUAAUACAACCAAAUUGAAACUGUGUAGAAAUGUUAAUGGACCUCUAUUCAUACCGUUUCUUGACUGUGUCCAACUCUCUAAUAAUCACCAACUGCCAGGGAGCAUCGAAAAUUCCCAAAAUGAUGGAUAGAGGACUAUUUGUAGUAAAUGUUGAAGGCGAGGAAAUAUAACUAAUUUUCAGUGCAGCCCUCCGGACCUCGUUGAAGACCAAAUGUGGCCCCCAGGGCAAAAUGAGUUUGACACCCUGGUCUAGACUCUAGAGCCUACCCCGCUUACCCCUUCAAAGUAGGAGGAUACAUAUGCAAAUAAAAUAUGUGAUGUCAUGCUGUGGGUCUCCAUCCCACCUGAACAGGCUGAAAUUCCAGGUGUAAUUAUUUUUUUUAGCUCUUACACUAAAAGGGCAUUAUCAUCAUUUUCACAAUUUCAGUGUUAUUUCAACCUCCAUAGUGUGGAAAUACCAUAAAAAAUCUGAAAAAAAUCAAGUUUUUGACUGCACUGCCCCUUUAAAGGUAGAUUCAACGAUAUGACAUCAUCAUACACAGCAGGGCAACUUCCUAUUACAGACAUCAACAAUAAAAAGCAUGAGCUGAUGCACAGCCAAGAAUGUUUGCAGAGUUGCUGACUAACAGAGAGUAAACUGUAACAAUUUAAACAUUGUUUAUUUCAUUAUAUUUUUAUGCUGACAUCAACAAUUACAAACUUCAUAUCUAAUAAGAAUACUACUAAUUGGCUCAGCCCAAUGUGGGCUUAAAGGGGAAUAACGGCAAAUUUCGAAAAUGUGUCUUUGUUCUGAAACCUCUGACUCAUUGUUAGACUGUCUGUCAAAGUGUGCACAUCUUUCACUCAGGGAGCGUGAGGUAGAGCUAGAUCGAGAGCUACGUCACAGGGUUAUACAGCCCCCCACUCACUGCAGUGCUAGAUAGAACUUUCUGGAAUAACGCAAAUCUAUUACAAAUAUAAACGUUCUGUCACAACUAAAAUACUAAAUUGGGGAAGUCCAAUCGUUUGUGAGAUAUGGCAUAUACAUUUUAUUUAAUACAUUUGGAUCGCUGGGUUCCACAGCGACAUCAUUUAGGAGAUAAAUGUUGUGAGCACAGUGUUUCUGAUCAAAUCAACAAUUAUCUUCUAAUGUAUUUGUGUGGCUAUGAUGCCAUCUUUAGAGCACAGGAUUUUCUGCUUGGUUUCCAGAGCAUUGAAAGAGAGAUGAAAUAGGCUACUACCGAGGUCUGAUGAUGCUUCUGACAAUAUAGUAGGCUAAAAGGCGUGUUGUGUUGGGUUGGGUGAUGUGCUAAAUUCUGAUGUAGGCGAUUCUGAAAACUGCCGGUGUGAUGUGUUUUAUUAGCAGCCCUCUCCUGUGUGUCUUGUUGCAUAAACUGGUUGCUUUUUCCUCCUUGAUUUUUUACAUUUACAUUUUAGUCAUUUAGCAGACCCUCUUAUCCAGAGCGACUUACAGUUAGUGAGUGCAUACAUUAUUUUUUUAAUUUUUCAUACCCCCGUGGGAAUCGAACCCACAACCCUGGCGUUGCAAACGCCAUGCUCUACCAACUGAGCUACAUCCAUGCCGGCCAUUCCCUCCCCUACCCUAGACGACGCUGGGCCAAUUGUGCGCCGCCCCAUGGGUCUCCCGGUCGCGGCCGGCUACGACAGAGCCUGGAUUCGAACCAGGAUCUCUAGUGGCACAGCUAGCACUGCGAUGCAGUGCCUUAGACCACUGCGCCACUUGAUGGGCAGAGAUCUCAGAAAAGGUCAAAUUGUGAACCCGUGACCCAAAUGUAUCACUUAAAAUGUAUAUGCCAUAUCUCACAAUCGAUUGGACCUUCCCAAUUUAGUAUUUUUGCGGUGACAGAACGUUUAUAUUUUUCGUAGAUUUGCGUUAUGCAAAGAUAUAUCUAGUGCUGCAGUGUGUGGAGGGCUGUAUUAACCCUGUGACGACCUGGUCUCAGAGCAAUUAGUAUUAUUCUGUACGUAAUUCUGAGAAACUCCAUUUAGUGGGAUAUGUUACGUUUGGUAUGGUUACAUAAGACAGAUGAUUACUUAAGGCAAAAACAAAAGGAGGGUGGUUGGUCGGGGUGGAUAAAUUGGAGUAUAAUGUGAACGUCUAGCAACUCGUUGCGAGUUCGAAUUUCAUCACGGACAACUUCACCAUUUUAGCUAAUUAGCAACUUUUCAACUACUUACUAUUUUUUAGUUACAUUGCGACUACUUACCAUGUUAGCUAACCCUUCCCCUAACCUUAAUCCUUCACCUAACCUUAACCCUUUUAGCUAACCCUAACCUUAACCCUUUAACCUAACUCCUAAACUUAACCCUAACCUUAACCCUAACCCCUAGCCUCGCUAAUAUGAAUUGUAAUUCGUAACAUAUCAUACAAAAUGGGUGAUGGUCAUCCACUAAUUAAUAGAAACCAUACAAAACGUAACAUAUCAUACUAAAUGGAGUGUCUCGGAUUUACGUACAGAAUGCUCUAGCUCUACCUCGCUUUCCCUGAGUGAGAGAGGUGCGCACUUUGACAGACAGUCUAACUAGGAGUCAGAAGGGUUUAGGGACAUAGACAGAUUUUCUAAAUGUGCCGUUAUUCCCCUUUAAUGUUUCAAACAGGAAGUGGCUGUGUAUGAUGAUGUCAUAUUGCUGGGUUUACCUUUAAAGCUGGAAUCCUUAAUUGCUGAAACUGCCAUGUCAGUUUGGGAUAUCACAACAACAGAGUUAUUGCAAACAACAAACACUGUUUUUUUUCUCUCCAACAUCAUUGCAUACACGAUAGAACAGCAGAAAAUGUACUACAGUGGAGGCUGGUGGGAGAAGCUAUAGGAGGACGGGCUCAUUGUAAUGUCUAGAACGGAAUACAUUUAACCAUAUCAAACCAUAUGUUUGACUCCAUUCCAUACGGAUAUGAUAUCUUUAAAGCCCACACUGUCAUUUGAGAUUCAGGCUACUGUCUCCUGCUAUGCAUUUGAGUGUUCAUAGUUUCUCACUAAUCAAAUAACAUACGGCUAAAUUGACGGUUUUGACAAUGCAGUCCAGUGUGUGACCAUUCUGUACUAUGUUUGUGAUCUCCAGAUGAUCGCCAGAGGGAAGAAUGCCUCAGACCUCUUCCCAGCCGUGGUGAAGAAUGUGGCCUGCAAGAACAUUGAGGUAAGUCUUGGAGCCAGCCAGCCAUCCUACAUAUACCGUAGCAUGAAGUUGAGGUCACAUAUACAUUAGACAUUGAUCGCUUCAAUACAUUUUUAUGGGGGGUAUUGUCUGGCCCGAGUGUUACUUUUUGGAUCUUUGAGCCGUGCAUAGGCCUAUAUAUCGAACUGUUAAUACCUACAUUGGAGAAAUUGCCCGUUAUUUUCAUUUAGUUAAUUAUCUCAAGCAGACAAUGAAGCAAACAAUAUAGAGGCACAAGAGUAAUUGAAGGCUUGGCUAUGUUUAGGUUGUCUUGCAUCUAGACUGAAUGUUGCUCUGUUUCAUGUGAAACGAAGUGUGGAUGCGAGGCAAAUAUUAAGGUGUUGGUUUUGCUUAUAGACUGCCAAUGAAUUAAUAGAAGCAUUGUAGACUGAUAAUUGGCAGGUUUUGGGAGAUAUAUCCAAAGGUGUGUUGUACUGUCAUGUCUCCCCCCCCCCCCUCUCUCCUCCCCUCUUCCCCUCUCUCCUCUCUCCCUCUCCUCUCCCCCCCUCUCUCCUCUCUCUCUCUCUCCUCUCAUCUCUCUCCUCUCUCUCCUCUUCCCUCUCUUCCCUCCCUUCCCUUCCCUCUCUUCCUCUUCACCCUCUCUCCUCUUCCCUCUCUCUCUCUUCCCCUCUCUCUCCUCUUCCCCUCUCUCUCCUCUUCCCCUCUCUCUCCCCUCUCUUCCCCUCUCCCCUCUCCCCUCCCCUUCUCCUCUUCCCUCUCCUCCUCUUCCCCUCUCUCUCCUCUUCCCCGCUCUCUCUUCCUCUCUCCCCUCCUCUUCUCUCUCACUUCCCGCUCUCUCUCCUCUCUCCUCUCUCUCUCCUCUCGCUCUCCUCCCCCCCUCUCUCUCCUCUCUCUCCUCACUCUCCUCCUCUUCCCCUCUCUCUCCUCUCUCUCCUCUCUCUCUCCUCUUCCCCUCUCUCUUCACUAUCUCAGGUGAAGAAGCUGGUCUAUGUGUACCUGGUGCGCUAUGCUGAGGAGCAGCAGGAUCUGGCUCUGCUGUCCAUCUCAACCUUUCAGAGAGGCCUGAAGGUCAGUCACCUUGCCCAUAACCACAGAUCUAGGAUUAGAUACCCUACCCCUGAUCCUAACCUUAACCAUUGGAGGGAGACAAAGAUAUCUGUCCCGAGACCUGUGGUCAGUGGCAACUUCUAUCUACUCCUCUGGAGUAAAGGUGGUCCAUUAAGUUGGGAACACACGACAUGAUGUCAGAAAUCCUAUGGUGUUGUUAUGACGAGACGAAGAUAGUUCUAAUAUCAAAGUCGUAAGAUGUAUUUAUUUUUGCUUCACAAACACACAGCAGGAGCAGGGGAUUUCUCUCCAGCCAUUUUACAAUAACCAUCUGUUUCACAUGCUCUCCUAGCUGAGAGGAGAUACUAGCGGAGGUUAAUAAAAUCUCUCUCACAGAUUAAUAGCCAAUCGAUAGUUAAUUCUGAGAUUAGAGUUCUCAGUUUUUUGUCACUUUAUCCUCGCUGCCACAUGUAAGGCAGCAACAACAACACAACUAGGUCCAAAAAGUUUGAGGCUUGACACAUGUAGCAUAUCAGUAGGUUUCUCCAUGGUUGAUGGUCAUGCUAUUUGUGACACUUCACUGAAUCCACACUGGACCUACAGAGCCUCCCAGCAGUAAAGAAUAGCCAUAUGUGGACCUUCCAAGUGAGGUGCUUGAGGCAUCACUACAGACCUGGGUUCGAUCCCGGGCUGCGUCACAGCCGGCCGUGACCGGGAGACCCAUGAAGCGCUGUCUCUGUCUCUCUCUGUCUCUUUCUAGGACCCUAACCAGUUGAUACGGGCCAGUGCUCUGCGUGUGCUCUCCAGCAUCAGAGUCACCAUCAUCGUUCCUAUCAUGAUGCUGGCCAUCAAAGAGGCUGCCUCCGACAUGUCCCCCUAUGUGAGGAAGACGGCCGCUCACGCCAUCCCCAAACUCUACAGGUAUAACAGGGAGGGGGGUCUGUGUCUGUACGAGAGAGAAAGAGAUAUAGACAGAAAGAGAGAAAAGAAAGAGAGAGAGAAUCCAGCUCCUUGUCUUCCUGACACAUGUCUCCUGUCUCCUCUCAGCUUGGACCCAGAGCAGAAGGACUGUCUGAUUGAGGUCAUUGAGAAGCUCCUGGCUGAUAAAACCACGGUAGGUGAAAUAUUUUCCAUUAGCCAACCCUGUAUGCCCUUUACAAGGGAAACUAUGACUGAAAACAUAAGCUCAGGUAAAUCCAUGUUCUGCUUUGGACUAUAGGUGGCAUUACAGGCUUGGGUGAAUGGUACCGUAUCAGGUUGUGUUAAGUGUGAAAAUGAUACUUACAUGCCUCUGCCAAAGUAAACAUAUGGGCGUUUUCUGAGCUUACGGUAUUUACAGGACUUACAGAAUUUCUCUCCCUCUGACUGUGCCUGCAGCUAGUGGCAGGUAGUGUUGUCAUGGCCUUUGAGGAGGUGUGUCCUGAGCGCAUAGACCUGAUCCAUAAGAACUACCGUAAGCUGUGUAACCUGCUGAUCGACGUGGAGGAGUGGGGUCAGGUGGUCAUCAUCAACAUGCUCACGCGCUACGCCCGGACGCAGUUCCUCAACCCCAACAUGAACGUGAGUACAGUAGAUCCCCACAUACUGUGUCUUCGUGGUUGUGUGCGUGCGUGCGUGUGUGUGUGUGUGUCUAUGUUACUCCACUCAUCCCUCCCUCUCUCUAUAGGAAUCCCUGUUGGAGGAGGGUGGUGGAGAGAACGCCUUCUAUGGCUCUGAUAAUGAUGAUGACACCGAAGAUGAGGAAGACGAGGAGAAGGAGAAGAAGAAGACUGAGGCGACUGCCAUUGUCAAGAGGAAGCCUUACGUCAUGGACCCAGACCACCGGCUACUACUGAGGAAUACCAAGCCCCUACUGCAGAGCCGAAACGCAGCAGUGAGUAUAAUACUACUAUUACUACUCCUACGACUUCUACUACUACUACUACUACUACUACUACUACUACUACUACUACUACUGCUACUACUACUAAUUAUUCUUUCUCUCUUCCUCCUUCUCUCUUCUCUCUAGGUGGUGAUGGCUGUGGCUCAGCUAUAUUUCCACCUGGCACCCAAAGCGGAGGUAGGCGUCAUUGCCAAGGCUCUGGUGCGCCUCAUGAGGAGUCACAGGUCAGUGUCACCUGUCUUUCCCAUUGUCUUCCCAGAGAUUUAGUCAUUGUAACCGACGCGUUGCCAUGAACUAUCUAUACUCCGUACAGAGUUGUCAUGCUAUCUGACGUGAGACAGUGCUCUCUUUCCAUUAGAGAAACUCAACACCCUGUUCUAAAUUUCUUAUAGAAUUUGAAUAUUCUCUUAUCAACUACAUUGUCAUAACUUCUAUGGUUAUAUUAGUCUCGUUAAUUUACAGAUGUAGGGUCUUAAUUUGACAAGUUUCUCACAGCAGCAAAAUAAUCCUGCAGCAACAGGAAAUGGGAAUUAUUAUGUGGAUAAUAAUUAAUGGACAUUAUUGCAGGGGUUGAUACAUUUUUUGUUAGAGCAAAUCAAUUCUGACAUUUUAAGGUGGAAAUCGCUAACUUUAGAAGCCUUUUUAAACCUUGAAUACACUACAAGUUUGCAUUUCCUGCAGCGCAGGAAAAUAAUCACACGACAGGGUGAUCAAAUUAAGAUCCUACACCUGUACAUCAGAGUUUUUAUAUUGUUUGAAUGUGUUUGAGUAUUAUUAUAAUUUCAAUUGCAGGGUGUCACAAUAGCCUAUUCCUUUAAAUAAUAUUCUCAUUCUCAGAUGUAAUAUAACUCUAAUAAAAAAAAAAUUACAUUUUUUUGUCAUUUAGCAGACGCUCUUAGUGCAUACAUUUUUUUUUUUUUUUUUUGUAUGUUAUUUUUAUCUUUUUUAUUUUAUUUUUAUACCCCCCGUGGGAAUCGAACCCACAACCCUGGCGUUGCAAACGCCAUGCUCUACGAACUGAGCUACAUCCCCUGCCGGCCAUUCCCUCCCCUACCCUAGACGACGCUGGGCCAAUUGUGCGCCGCCCCAUGGGUCUCCCGGUCGCGGCCGGCUACGACAGAGCCUGGAUUCUAACCAGGAUCUCUAGUGGCACAGCUAGCACUGCGAUGCAGUGCCUUAGACCACUGCGCCACUAGAGUCCACAUAAAUGGGACCAUAGAGAAGAACAGGCACAAACAGUAAACAAUGUCAAAAAAGCAAGGAAAUUGCUGUGUCUCAUCCUGUCUGUCUAACCCCUGCUCUUUAGUUUAUUUAUGGUGUUGUGGAGCUGCGUGCACAGUGAUGAGGUCAUCAGUCAGCAACGAGGGAAUUUCACCAUGAAAUUGCUCAGAGAACAGGCUACAUCCAUCUGCCCAGGGAUGACUUCAGUAUUGUCACUGUGUGACGUGACAACAGCUACAUCUCAUAGUGUGUGUGUGUGUGUGUGGAGAGGCAGCUGCAUGCAAUUAAUUAUAUUCAUGUUCUCUCUCACUCUUCCUGCCCCCCCCCCCCCCCCCCCCCCCCCCCCCCCCACCUCCUCUCUAUCCCCAUGUAGUGAAGUGCAAUAUGUCGUCCUUCAGAAUGUGGCAACGAUGUCCAUCAAGAGAAGGGUGAGUCAUAACUCCAACAAUAUCUCCAAAGGGUGCAAAAGGGGGCUGUAUUGAAUGGUCAAAUGGAUUCAAGAUUGUUUAGGGGCUGAUUUGUUUGGCGCCUCAGAGGUACUGCAUGGGGUCUGCAGCACAAUCUAAAAUGAUACCUGUUAUUUGUCUCUGUGUUUCCCAGGGGAUGUUUGAGCCAUAUCUGAAGAGUUUCUACAUCCGCUCCACAGACCCAACCCAGAUUAAAGUCCUCAAGGUGACCAAACACCUCUCACAUUGACAUGCAUUCCUUUCAUGUUACAGUAUGCUGCGACAAGUUGACAUUUCAGAACUUUAAUCAUAGUCUUGAUUGUUUUGACAGCUGGAGGUUUUGACCAAUUUGGCCAACGAGACAAACAUAUCCACCAUCCUGAGAGAGUUUCAGGUACAGUAAAAUGGAUAAGACUUCUGUCACCGUUUCCAGGUUAGCUUGACUGCCAUUUGUGAUAAGGAGGAUCAUUUGUUUUGCUUUCCUGUGUAUUUGGAUACAUUUGUCACUAAGGGGUGCAUGGAGGUACAGUACAGGUCUGCCUACAGUGGCUUAACUUCACUCCAUGUUUUCUCUCUGGCAGACGUACAUUAAAAGCAAUGAUAAAGAUUUUGUGGCUGCUACCAUCCAGGCCAUCGGCCGCUGUGCCACCAACAUUGGGGAGGUGAGGGACACCUGUCUCAACGGCCUGGUGCAGCUGCUGUCCAACCGCGAUGGUGAGUAGACCUAACACUCUUCCCGUUCAGACACGCAUUACAUUUUUGCAUUGUUAUUGAGACUUCUCUUACACCAAUUCAUAGUUUGCCAAUAGUCCAGAAGCAAGUCUAUUCAUGCAACGCAUCCCUCAGGGACACGCCACACCACUAAGUCCAUACAUGGAAUGUACAUAGAUGUCAACAAUAGAAAGUAUAAAAGAAAAGAGGACAAAUGUUUUUUUGAAAAACUAAAGUUAAGGCAUUCAGUGAGUCUCAGAAAUUCAGUGUGUGAAAUAGAUCAAAGGUCUUAAUAAUUCUGCAUAUCCCCAUGAUUUUAUUAUUCUCGUUUUUUUCUUCUUACAGUAACUAUUAACAGUUGAACAGGGGGAUGUUCAUUUUUUCCACUUUGACCAUUAAACCAAAUCAGAUCUUAACGGUGUUAUAUACUCAUUUCAACCAAAUCUUUAUGAAUGUAUUUUCUCAGAGAAAAGGUCAGUCUUUCCAUCACAAAGACCUCAUGUAUCACAUUUUUAGUCAUUUAGCAGACACUCUUAUCCAGAGCGACUUGCAGUUAGUGAGUGCAUACAUUUUUUGUAUAUAUAUAUAUAUAUUUAUUUUAUUUUUUAAAUUUUUUAUACUGGCCUCCCGUGGGAAUCACAUCUAUCCAAUCAUUGAACAUGGGUGCCUCCGGUUGUAACCAUUUUCUAGUGAGGGCUUUCUUACUUGCUACUAGAAGUAUCCCAAUCAAGUGUUUGUCUAAAGCGUCCCUGAGAUCAAAUGUAAUGUUCCCUAAAUACAGGGCCUCACCUCUGAAUGGGACAUCAACACUAAAUACGUCUACCAUGCGUUUAUGCACAUCCUGCCAGUAUGGGACAAGUUUAGGGCAUUCCUAAAAUAUGUGGUAAUGGUUUGCUUCUUUAGGCCCGCAUAAUCUCCAACACGCCAUUCCAUUACCCAGAUGUCUUUUCUGUAGAGCAAUAAAGAACUGCAUAAUAUUUUUCCAUCCAAAUUCCCUACAAGUCAAAUAGCUUGUUGAUUUCCAUUGUAAUUGGCAUAGGGUUUCCCACUCAUCCACAGAAAUGACCAUGUUACCCUCCCUUUCCUAUUUCUCCUUCUAUAUACAGUAUAGUGUAUUUUCAGAUUUGGACUUUGUAUAGCCAUUGUAUAGCCUGGAGAUAGUUUUGCUGCAUGUUUCUGAUUUAUAAGCAGAUAUUAAUAUUUGAAUAUGCCAUGUUCUAUAGUCUCCGAGUCCUCCACCUUUAUGAUUUCAUCAAAUUGGUGACAUAUUUUGAGAUAUUAAUGGGAAUCUUGACAUUCUAAUCCUUGGCUCUCUCUUAGUACCGUACUUGAAAGCUUUGAAGUGCCCCCUUGUGUACUAAAGUACAGAAGGCUGAGAGGCCUCUUGUUGCCCAUCCUUUAAACUGAAAUCUCAUCUAUCUUCUCUCCUCCCUCCAUUUCCAUCUCUUUAAUGUGGUUAUUCUGUCUAAUCCAUUGACUCAGGGGUUCUAUAAAUAGGGUGAAGAGGGGCGAGGUCAGGCAUCCCUGUGUCAAACCCCGUUCUUAUACAAAUGGGUUUGAGAGGUCACCAUUGAUUUUAAUUAUUGCUGAUGGUCUAUCAUAUAAUGCCUGAAAUGCUUUAAUAAUGUCCUCAUGGAAUAGAUACAGGCCCAUCUGACAGAAUCAAAGGCCUUCUCAGCAUCCAGGCACAAUACAAUGGCUUCUACCUUAUUCCCUUGGAUAUGUAUGUAAUGUUCAUCUAAUGUUGUACUGAGUGUGUCUGUCGGAUAAAGCCUGUCUGGUCUAAGUGAAUGAGCUCUGGUAAGAUAUUUUAUAUUCUUCUGGUUAGAAUAGAUGUGUAUAGUGUAAUCCAAAUUUAGGACCGUGAUCUGCUUUAUUGGCCACAAUCUAGUCCAUCGUUCCCUUCCAUCUGUAUAACUGAACUGAGGAGGGGAUCUCACCUUUCUGAAAUGCCCAGUUAAAGGCUGCAAGUAAACUUGGGAUAAUCUGUUCUCUAAAUGAUUUAUACCAUUCAGAGGUGAAACCGUCCGUACCCAAGGAUUUGUUUGCUUUUAGACUAGUCAUAGCUGUAUUUAAUUCCUCUGUUAAUUUCUGAGAUUAACAUCUCAUUCUGUUCUUCAUUGAUGGUGGAUAAGUUCAGUGAGUUAAAAAAUGUGUCUAUCUGUAAGUCAUUGUCAAAGUGUGGUUGGGAGUGUAGGAUUCUGUAAAACAUUUCAAAACUAUCUUGUAUCUCUUCUACUUUAUGUUCAAUUAUUUUUGUUUGGGGGUUCCUAAUCUUGCAGACAGUGUUAUCUGCUUGUUGUCCCCCACAAGGAAAUCAAGCAACAAUUUUCCCAUAAGGACCUAUAAACUCAGUCCAUUAAAUUUUCUGCAAAUUAGGCUUUUUGAUUUGAUUGUUUUUCUCUCUCUCUCUCUCAUUAAUCCAAGCAACCUACAUUUGAAUAAUUGUCACUAAUUGGCCAAGGGGGGGGGGGGACUGUUGCCUUGUUAUUUUCUCAGUCUAAAGGCUAAAAGUUUCAUAGACUUACUGCCUACUUUAUAGGACCUCUGUUUGAGGAAUAGAAGCUUAUUUUGUAUUUCUUGUGAAUACAUUUCUUCUAUUUCAUUCUUCAUCUUUUUAAUUUUUUGUUUCACCUUGGGAUCUAGAGUGUUAUGAGCCCUUUGUAAUUGUUUUAACUGAGAUUGCAGUUUAUUAAGUUUCUCUCGUCUAUUCUUCUUUAAAAGAGAUUUGCAUACAUCCCAGAGCACAGACGGUGACACCUCACCAUUGUCAUUCUGUUCCAGAUUUCCAGUUUCAUUUGUACUUUCGUCUGUGGGUUAUUCAGAAUAUUUGAGUUCAACCUCCAGAGAGUCGAUCUUGGUCUAUUAUUCAAACACAUGGACGUACAAUGAGUAUACCAAACAUUAGGAACACCUUCCUAAUAUUGCGUUGCACCUCCCCCCUCCCUUUUGCCCUCAGAACAGCUUCAAUUUGUCAUCGAAUUUACUAUACAAGGUGUCGAAGGCAUUCCACAUGGAUACUGGCCCAUGUUGACUCCAAUGCUUCCCACAGGUGGUAGAACAUUCUUGAUACACACGGAAAACUGUUGAGUGUGAAAAUACCAGCAGCGUUGCAGUUCUUGACACAAACUGGUGCGCCUGGCACCUACUACCAUACCCUGUUCAAAGGCACUUACAGUGCAUUCGGAAAGUAUUCAGACCCCUUGACUUUUUCCACAUUUUGUUACGUUAGUCUUAUUCUAAAAUGUAUUAAAUUGUUGUUUUCCUUCAUCAAUCUACACACAAUACCCAAGUUUUGGGUUUGAACGUACAUUCAUGUCGCCUCCACAUAUCAGGAUUCCCUGUGCUUCAGCUGACAUCAUAUCAAACAUUUCCUCUCAAAGACCAAUGUGAUAUAACAAAAGUUCAAUGAAGGUUGUUGAAUAACAAUGUGAACAUGUGUCGGUUGCAGAGUUAGUGGUGGCCGAGUCAGUGGUGGUGAUUAAGAAGCUGCUGCAGAUGCAGCCCGAGCAACACAGUGACAUCAUCAAGCACAUGGCCAAACUCACCGACAACAUCCAGGUACGUGUACAUAGGCCUCUGAUCUUAACCUUGACCCCAUAGUGUAACUACAUGAGGUGCUCUUUUUCUUGUCAUUGUUUUUGGUUGUUGUUGUUCAUAUUUGUCCCCAAACCUUCACAACAGUCCUGCUUGGUUUUGCUGGUUCAUUUGUCCCCAAACCUUCACAACAGUCCUGCUUGGUUGUGCUGGUUAAUUUGUCCCCAAACCUUCACAACAGUCCUGCUUGGUUGUGCUGGUUCAUUUGUCCCCAAGCGUUCACAACAGUCCUCCUUGGUUGUGCUGGUUCAUUUGUCCCCAAACCUUCACAAUAGUCCUGCUUGGUUGUGCUGGUUCAUUUGUCCCCAAACCUUCACAACAGUCCUGCUUGGUUGUGCUGGUUCAUUUGUCCCCAAUCCUUCACAACAGUCCUGCUUGGUUGUGCUGGUUCAUUUGUCCCCAAGCCUUCACAACAGUCCUGCUUGGUUGUGCUGGUUCAUUUGUCCCCAAACUUCACAACAGUCCUGCUUGGUUGUGCUGGUUCAUUUGUCCCCAAGCGUUCACAACAGUCCUGCUUGGUUGUGCUGGUUCAUUUGUCCCCAAACCUUCACAACAGUCCUGCUUGGUUGUGCUGGUUCAUUUGUCCCCAAACCUUCACAACAGGCCUGCUUGGUUGUGCUGUGAGUUUGUUUUGAUUAAGCAACAAAUAGGCACUUUUGUUGAAAAAACUAAUUGUUAAUUGUAUUGUGUUACUAUUGUAUUAUGAUUGUAUUUCAGAAAUUGUAACAUAUGACCAAUAGCCAGAGCUAGCUCUUCCAGUUUCUCCACUUGAUCCAUCCUGUUUGCCCAAUGUCCAUGCUCUGUCUGCCUACACAGGUGCCCAUGGCGCGGGCCAGUAUCCUGUGGCUGAUCGGGGAGUACUGCGAGCACGUUCCCAAGAUCGCUCCGGAUGUCCUGAGGAAGAUGGCCAAGACCUUCACCAACGAGGAAGACAUCGUCAAGCUGCAGAUCAUCAACCUGGCUGCCAAGCUCUACCUGACCAACUCCAAACAGGUGAUGCAGUUAUAAUGCAUUUAAGACUUGUGAUGAGCAUGUAUGACCCCAUUAUAAUGUCUUAUAACAUCUCCUGGCUGCCAAACUCUACCUGACCAACUCCAAACAGGUGCCAGCAUCUACACUGAAUAAAAAUAUAAACACAACAUGUAAAGUGUUGGUCCCAUGUUUCAUGAGCUGAAAUAAAAGAUCCCAGAAAUGUUCCAUACGCACAAACAGCUUAAAUCUCUCAAAUUUUGUGCAAAAAUUUGUUUACAUCCCUGUUAUUGAGCAUUUCUCCUUUGCCAAGAUCAUCCAUCCACCUGACAGGUGUGGCAUAUCAAGAAGCUGAUUAAACAGCAUGAUCAUUACACAGGUGCACCUUGUGCUGGGGACAAUAAAAGGCCACUCUAAAAUGUGCAGUUUUGUCACACAACACAAUACCACAGAUGUCUCAAGUUUUGAGGGAGCAUGCAGCUGGCAUGCUGACUGCAGGAAUGUCCACCAGAGCUUUUUGUAAGAGAACUGAAUGUUCAUAAGCUGCCUCCAACAUUGUUUUAAAGAAUCUGGCACAGAGACACCGUGAUGAGAUCCUGAGGCCCAUUGUCAUGCCAUUCAUCCACCGCCAUCACCUGUUGUUUCAGCAUAUGUGAAUAAGACAGACACAGCACUAGGCUAUAUUUUCCCUGUUACUUUAUUCCCCCUUCUCUCUCAUGGUUCUCUAGGGAACAGCUGGUACAGCAGCUUGUAUUUGUAAAGCCUUUACCAAAACACUGAGAAAACAGUGGGUUUAGUAUGCAGUGGUGUAAAGUACUGAAGUACAAAUACUUCUUAAGUAGGUUUUUUGGGUAUAUGUACUUUACUUUACUAUUUAUAUUUUUGCCAACUUCUACUUUUACUUCACUACAUUCCUAAAGAAAAUAAUGUACUUUUUACUCCAUACAUUUUCCCUGACACCCAAAAGUACCUGUUACAUUUUGACAGGAAAAUGGUCCAAUUCACACACUUAUCAAGAGAACAUUCCUGGUCAUCCCUACUGCCUCUAAUCUGGCGGACUCACUAAACACAAAUGCUUCGUUUGUGAAUUAUGUCUGAGUGUUGUAGUGUGCCCCUGGCUUUCCGUCAAUUAAAAAGAAAAAAUUGUGCUGUCUGGUUUGCUUCAUAUAAGGAAUUUGAAAUGGUUUAUACUUUUACUAUUACUUUUGAUACUUAAGUAUAUUUAGAACCAAAUACUUUUAGACUUUUACUCAAGUAGUAUUUUACUGGGUGACUUUCACUUUUACUUGAGUCAUUUUCUAUUAAGGUAUAUUUUACUUUUACUCAAGUAUGUCAAUUUAGUACUUUUUCCACCACUGUUAAUAUGGCCACAUCCUUUAGCUGCUUUAGCUCCCCAGCUUCGCAGCAGUGUCUUGUAUCAAACCCUUUCACAAGAUGGCAGAGAAGCAGAUCAUCUUCUCGUUUUACUGCACAAGCAGGCUUACUCCCUUUUUGGAUAAAAACACAUCCAUCUCUCCGUUAAAGCAUAUUUUCCAUAGGUAGGAAGAGAUUUAGACUUUCAGCAUAAUUCAAUAUGGUACAGUCAAGGCUCUUCUACAGUCACUACUAUUUCUAUGGUCAUUCCACCAAUGAUCCACUGGUAUGAUACAGUCAUCCCUAUGGCGCUGUCCACGGUGCUGAAAUACAGGACACUGCAAUGUAACACACCAUCUCUCUCUCGCCCUCUCUCUCUCUCUCUCUCGGUGUCUCUGGCACCAAUCUGUAACCUCCCUCCAGAUGAAGGUAACAUUCUCUCUCUUUUCCCCUCCUCCCACACUCCCUCCUCCCUUGUUCCUCUCCUCCCUCAGACAAAACUGCUCACUCAGUACGUGCUGAACCUGGCCAAGUACGAUCAGAACUAUGACAUCCGUGACCGGGCGCGCUUCAUCCGCCAGCUCAUUGUGCCCACUGACAAGAGUGGUGCCCUCAGCAAGUAUGCCAAGAAGCUGUUCCUGGCCCUCAAGCCUGCGCCCAUCCUCGAGUCUCCAUUUAAAGGUGUCUUUCAUCAGAUGGUGUUCUUUUACUAGCCUGGUCCCAGAUCAGUUUGUGCUCUCCUGCCAACGUCUAUGGCGAUAAUGACCGCAGAGUUGGCAAGAUAGCACAACCAGAUCUGAGACCAGGCUAAUCUCUUACUAUUUCUGCUUCUGUUUUGUGUUGUCAGACAUGAGCCUUUUAAGUAUUUUUUGUAAGUAAACAUAGUCCUAACCAUAAUUCAUACCAUAGAGAUACAAUAUAAUCAUGUUUUAUGUAAUUAUGUGGAUCUUACUGUGUAAUUUCUCUGUGUUUUCCAGAUCGAGACCACUUCCAGCUGGGCUCGUUGUCCCACCUGCUGAAUGCCAAGGCUGGCGGCUACCAGGUGCUGCCCGACUGGCCCGAGGCCGCCCCAGACCCCUCUGUGCGCAACGUGGAGGUGAAGGAGUCUGUGCGUGCAGUGGAAACAGUAACAGCCAGAGACAGGGGGCCUCUAGGGGCCCCCCAAAACCCGAGGGGAGCCCGAGGGGCACUCCUCUAGUAGGGCAAUGCCUUGGAGGGGGCGCAACACCACCACCAAAUUGCAGUAGCACCCAAACACUGACACAUAACACUGACUUCAUUAAUCAUGACCACCUGCCAGUCAUUCACUGGUCACUCACUGUUCAUCAGCAUAACGUCAUCCUCAUAUGCACUACGCACAUCCCUAUUGUCUCCCAUGCAUUGUCAAUGGGAUGCUGCUGCCGCACAUACUGCCAUUGGUGCCAGAAUGUGUCCUGUAAAGGGUUAAUUCUGUAUUGGUCAAGUUCAAGGACCCAGAUUCAUGAACUGUAUGGUAUGCCCAAUAAACAUUAUUACGUAACAGCUAAUAACGUAACAGAAUGAAUCUGAAAUUGACUCGGUAACAGGAAUGACCUGUCCCAGCGUCAACUCCGAUCAACUGGUAACAGAGUGGAGUAUUGUUAUGCUAAUGACAGCUGAGGCUAGUUAGCUAUCACCUCUGAGCACAUGCGCACACUAGUGAAAUUGGGAAAUCACUGUCAGGCGUCCGCUAGUAAACUCUAGCUGGCCUAGCUGUGGCUUACUGGCCAAGUUUAUCCAAUACUAUGCUACCCAUUAGACCCCUCGCUGCUCUGGCCUCUCUAGGGUAGCAAACACCCCUAGUUUUCUUCUGUUUGAUGCCUAAUGAAAACGACCCAGCAAAUGUACUGUUACUAAAACACACCACACAGACUCAAAUUACCACCAUGCAGUAUAGUCUCGCCAAACUCCUCUAAUUACCCAAACCACAGAGGCUCCCUUUUCGCCACACCUAUCAUUCCAUGACAUCAAAUCAAUAUCCUUAAGUCUCGCUCCUUACAUCCAAACCCUUGCGCUGGAGGAGUGAUUAGAAUUCUUGAUUUGAGAUUGGUUGUUCCAUUGGGUUAUCGUUGCUCCGUGAACGGUUUAUGUUUGUUUUAAAAAUGGUAUUUUCAUUCCCAAUGGUUCUGCAUUCAUGUGUAAUUCAUGACCAAAGCAGAUUUCCAGACGAGGUCACAUGUGGAUUUGUAUCUGGUGACUUUUGACCUUUUGACCCCAUGACCUCUCUCUCUCUGCCCUCGGUCCGCAGAUAGAGGAGGUCAUAACCAGCAGUGAGGGGCGGAUCGGCUUGCUAGGAGACAGGCGAGAGGUGCCGUCCGUUUGAGAGUGCAGUGUGUUUUUACUGACUGCUCUACUCUCUCUCUAGUUUCUCUGUACCACUCAAACUCAAACAGGGCGCUUCAGUAAUUUAAAGAGCGAGUUCAUCCAAAUGACUAAUUCCAGACACUUGAAGGGAUAGUUUGCCCAAAUAACUAGUUGAUCUUAUCGUAUGGAUAGUCUAGCUACACUCUUAGAAAAAAAGGUGCUAUGUAGAACCAUACAGGGUUCUUCGGUUUGUCCCCAUAGGGGAACCCUUUGAAGAACCCUUUUUGGUGCUUUGCAGAGGAUUCUAUCCAGUGGUGGAAAAAGUACCCAAUUAUCAUACUUGAGUAAAAGUAAAGAUACCUUUAAUAGAAAAUGACUCAAGUAAAUGUGAAAUUCACCCAGUAAAAUACUGUAAUUAUUAAAAAAUAUAUAUAAAUGCAACAUUUAAAGUGUUGGUCCCAUGUUUCAUGAGCUGAAAUAAAAGAUCCCAGAAAUGUUCCAUACGCACAACAACAUUAUUUCUCUCCCAUUUUGUGCACAAAUUUGUUUACAUCCCUGUUAGUGAGCAUUUCUCGUUUUCAAAGAUAAUCCUCCACCUGACCGGUGUGGCAUAUCAACCGGCCUCUCAAUCGCAGACCACGUGUAUUGCGUUGUGUGGGCGACCAGUUUGCUAAUGUCAAUGUUUUGAACAAAGUGCCCCAUGGUGGCGGUGGAGUUAUGGAAUGGCAGGCAUAAACUACAGACAACUAAAAUAAUUGCAUUUUAUCAAUGGCAAUUUUAAUGCACAGAAAUACCGUGACAAGCUCCUGAGGUCCAUUGUGAGGCCCAUUUUUUAAAAGAUAUCUGUGACCAACAGAUGCAUAUCUGUAUUCCCAGUCAUGUGAAAUCCAUAGAUUAGGGCCUAAUUAAUUUAUUUCAAUUGACUGAUUUCCAAAAAAGGACUGUAACUCAGUAAAAUCUUUGAAAUUGUUGCAUGAUGCAUUUAUAUUUUUGUUCAAUAUAUUUGGUUAUCUAUUUAACUAACUGUUUUCCAGUCUUAUGGCUUGGGGGUGGAAGCUGUUCAGGGUCCUGUUGGUUCCAGACUUGGUGCAUUGGUACCGCUUGCCGUGCGGUAGCAGAGUGAACAGUCUUUGACAAUUUUUAGGGGGUUUCCUCUGACACCACCUGUUAUAGAGGUCCUGGAUGGCAGGGAGCUCGUCCCCAGUGAUGUACUGGGCCAUACGCACUACCCUCUGUAAAGCCUUGUGGUCGAUGCCAAGCAGUUGCCAUACCAAGCGGUGAUGCAACCGGUCAGGAUGCUCUCGAUAGUGCAGCUGUAUAACUUUUUGAGGAUCUGAGGGCCCAUGCCAAAUCUUUUCAGCCUCUUGAGGGGGAAGAGGAGUUAUUGUGUCCUCUUCACGACUGUGUUGGUUCGUGUGGACCAUGAUAGAUCGUUAGUGAUGUGGACACCGAGGAACUUGAAGCUCUCGAUCUGUCCCCAGUCUACUAUCAGCUCCUUUGUCUUGCUGACGUUGAGGGAGAGGUUGUUGUCCUGGCACCACACUGCCAGGCCUCUGACCUCCUCCAUAUAGGCUGUCUCAUCGUCGUCGGUGAUCAGGCCUACCACUGUCUUGUCGUCAGCAAACGUAAUGAUGGUUUUGGAGUUGUGCACGGCCACGCAGUCGUGAGUGAACAGGGAGUACAGGAGGGGACUAAGCAUGCACCCCUAAGGGGCCCCCAUGUUAAAGGUUCAGCAUGGCGGAUGUGUUGUUGCCUACCCUCACCACCUGGGGGCGGCCCGUCAGGAAGUCCAGGAUCCAGUUGCAGAGGGAGGUGUUCAGUCCCAGGGUCCUUAGCUUAGUGAUGAGCUUGGAGGGCACUAUGGUGUUUAACGCUGAGCUGUAGUCAAUGAACAGCAUUCUCACAUAUGUGUUCCUCUUGUCCAGGUGGGAGAGGGCAGUGUGGAGUGCAAUAGAGAUUGCGUCAUCUGUGGAUCUUUUGGGGCGGUAUGCGAAUUGGAGUGGGUCCAGGGUGUCUGGGAUGGUGUUGACGUGAGCCAUGACCAGCCUUUCAAAGCAUUUCAUGGCUACAUACAGUGGGGAGAACAAGUAUUUGAUACACUGCCGAUUUUGCAGGUUUUCCUACUUACAAAGCAUGUAGAGGUCUGUAAUUUUUAUCAUAGGUACACUUCAACUGUGAUAGAUGGAAUCUAAAACAACAAUCCAGAAAAUCACAUUGUAUAAUUUUUAAGUAAUUAAUUUGCAUUUUAUUGCAUGACAUAAGUAUUUGAUCACCUACCAACCAGUAAGAAUUCCGGCUCUCACAGACCUGUUAGUUUUUCUUUAAGAAGCCCUCCUGUUCUCCACUCAAUACCUGUAUUAACUGCACCUGUUUGAACUCGUUACCUGUAUAAAAGACACCUGUCCACACACUCAAUCAAACAGACUCCAACCUCUCCACAAUGGCCAAGACCAGAGAGCUGUGUAAGGACAUCAGGGAUAAAAUUGUAGACCUGCACAAGGCUGGGAUGGGCUACAGGACAAUAGGCAAGCAGCUUGGUGAGAAGGCAACAACUGUUGGCGCAAUUAUUAGAAAAUGGAAGAAGUUCAAGAUGACGUCAAUCACCCUCGGUCUGGGGCUCCAUGCAAGAUCUCAUCUCGUGGGGCAUCAAUGAUCAUGAGGAAGGUGAGGGAUCAGCCCAGAACUACACGGCAGGACCUGGUCAAUGACCUGAAGAGAGCUGGGACCACAGUCUCAAAGAAAACCAUUAGUAACACACUACGCCGUCAUGGAUUAAAAUCCUGCAGCACACGCAAGGUCCCCCUGCUCAAGCCAGCGCAUGUCCAGGCCCGUCUGAAGUUUGCCAAUGACCAUCUGGAUGAUCCAGAGGAGGAAUGGGAGAAGGUCAUGUGGUCCGAUGAGACAAAAAUAGAGCUUUUUGGUCUAAACUCCACUCGCCGUGUUUGGAGGAAGAAGAAGGAUGAGUACAACCCCAAGAACACCAUCCCAACUGUGAAGCAUGGAGGUGGAAACAUCAUUCUUUGGGGAUGCUUUUCUGCAAAGGGAAUAGGACGACUGCACCGUAUUGAGGGGAGGAUGGAUGGGACCAUGUAUCGCGAGAUCUUGGCCAACAACCUCCUUCCCUCAGUAAGAGCAUUGAAGAUGGGUCGUGGCUGGGUCUUCCAGCAUGACAACGACCUGAAACACACAGCCAGGGCAACUAAGGAGUGGCUCCGUAAGAAGCAUCUCAAGGUCCUGGAGUGGCCUAGCCAGUCUCCAGACCUGAACCCAAUAGAAAAUCUUUGGAGGGAGCUGAAAGUCCGUAUUGCCCAGCGACAGCCCCGAAACCUGAAGGAUCUGGAGAAGGUCUGUAUGGAGGAGUGGGCCAAAAUCCCUGCUGCAGUGUGUGCAAACCUGGUCAAGACCUACAGGAAACGUAUGAUCUCUGUAAUUGCAAACAAAGGUUUCUGUACCAAAUAUUAAGUUCUGCUUUUCUGAUGUAUCAAAUACUUAUGUCAUGCAAUAAAAUGCAAAUUAAAUUACUUAAAAAUCAUACAAUGUGAUUUUCUGGAUUUUUGUUUUAGAUUCCGUCUCUCACAGUUGAAGUGUACCUAUGAUACAAAUUACAGACCUCUACAUGCUUUGUAAGUAGGAAAACCUGCAAAAUCGGCAGUGUAUCAAAUACUUGUUCUCCCCACUGUAUGUGAGUGCUACGGGGCGAUAGUCAUUUAGACAGGUUACCUUGACGUUCUUUGGCACAGGGACUAUGUUAGUCUGCUUGAAACAUUUAGAUAUUACAGACUGUGUCAGGGAGAAGUUGAAAAUGUCAGUGAAGACAAUUGCCAGCGCAUGCUCUGAGUACUCAUCCUGGUAAUCCAUCUGGCCCUGCGGCCUUGUGAAUGUUAAUCUGUUUACAUCGGCUACGGAGAGCGUGAUCAAACAGUCGUCCGGAACAGCUGGUACUCUCAUGCAUGGUUCAGUGUUGCUUGCCUCGAAGCAAGCAUAGAAGGCAUUUAGCUCGUCUGGUAGGCUUGCGUCACUGGGCAGCUCGCGGCUGGGUUUCCCUUUAUAAUCUGUGAUAGUUUGCAAGCCCUGCAACAUCCGAGUGUCAGAGCCGGUGUAGUAGGAUGCGAUCUUAGGCCUGUAUUGACGCUUUGCCUGUUUGAUGGCUCGUCAAAGGUCGUAGCAGGAGCUAUCAAACAGGCAAAGCGUCAACACAGGACUAAGAUCGAAUCCUACUACGCCGGCUCUACGUCUACGUCGGAUUAGUGUCCCAUUCCUUGAAAGUGGCAGCUCUUGCCUUUAGCUCAGUGCGGAUGUUGUCUCUAAUCAAUGGCUUCUGGUUGGGAUAUGUACACACAGUCACUGUGGGGAUGAUGUCAUCAAUGUACUUUAUUAAUGAAGCCGGUGACUGAUGUGGUAAACUCCUCAAUGCCAUCGGAUGAAUUCCGGCAUAUAUUCCAGUCUGUGCUAGCGAAACAGUCCUGUAGCUUAGCAUCCGCUUCAUCGGACCACUUCUGUAUUGAGCGCGUCACUGGUACUUCCUGUUUGAGUUUUUGCUUGUAAGGAAUCAGGAGGAUAGAGUUAUGGUAAGAUUUGCCAAAUGGAGGGCGAGGAAGAGCUUUGUAUUUGUUUCUGUGUGUGGAGUAAAGGUGAUCUAGAUUUUUUGUCUCCUGUAGUUGCACAGGUAACAUGCUGGUAGAAAUUUGGUAAAACAGAUUUAAGUUUCCCUGCAUUACAAUCACCGGCCACUAGGGGCGCCGCCUCUGGAUGAGCAUUUUCUUGCUUAUGGCCCUAUAUAGCUCGUUGAGUGCGGUCUUACUGCCAGCAUCGGUUUGUGGUGGUAAAUAGACAGCUACGAAAAAUAUAUUCCAACUCAGGUGAGCAGAACUGCGAAAUAUUAAUAUUAGAGAUCGCACACCAGCUGUGGCACAAUAUUCAAGUGGCACCAUAUUCAAAAGGAUUGGUGUUUGAUGUCAGUGCGGAUUGGUUUAGAUGGGAAUUAAUUGGUAUGAUUACUUAGUUGAGCCUGUAAAGGAUGGUCAAUUGCUACAGGUAUUCUAUGACCGUAUUUCUAGAAUGAAUGCUAUAGACGUCAAAGUCAGCUCUGUCUCUUAUAGCUAUUUAUAUAAAGAGAAAGUUUCAGUUUUGAAAUGGUCCAUAGCUAGAUGGAUAGUUAGGCUACUGGUCUCUAAUGUCAGUCACUGAGAUUGGACUUGAGGAAGUGGUACAGUUUGUGUAUUUUGCGUGUGAACUGCCGUGUUUGACUUUUACUUGUUGUGCGGUGUGUGCCAACCUUGUUUCCAAUCCGAAAUCUGCCUUUCUCGAUCUUCUAUGUUCUUCUCUUCAUGUGUUCCACCAUUCAACUCCCACUGGAUUCAUUCAAUCUAGGUUGCACUACCGUAGCGAAGUUCAAUAAGCAAACACCACCUCAUGCUUUACCAUCGAUAUAUAGUCUUUGAUAUUGGAUGUACUGUAAUGAUUAUGAUAACCAUAAGUAAUUGUGAAUUUGUAAACUUUAUUAAGUUAUUUAAUAACUUGGUUAAAGUAAGUUAACAAAUUCCUAAUUGAAGUAAUUUCAAGUUGUUGAAGUAAUGUUUAAGUACUUUGGUAAUGUUGUUUAAUGAAUGCUUAAUUAUGGUAAUUUUGUCAAAGUAUGUUAAAUAAUAUAUUUUAAAGAGAGUAAGGUAAAGCCUUGUAGUAACAAUCGCUUAGAAGUGAAAACUGUUUUUGAACAUCUACAGUAUUGAGUAAGUGCAACUUGAAUCCCUGUCCGUUUAUUUUUUGCCUUGUUUUUUUUAUACCUCUUUCUAGUCUUUUCUUUCUUUUCUCAUCUCACCUCCAUCCCAAUCUUUUUCUUUCUUCCGUCCUGCCAGGUUAUUACGCUGCUCGAAAGAGUCACAACUUUAACCAGCGUGAGUCUGUCAGUGGCAAAGAGCUUGCCUCUAUGACACCCCCCCCCCCCCCCCUCCCCAUAGCGCCAAAGUGCUUUUUGACACCCCUGGCGUACCGUAGCUGCUGUUCUGUGCCUACCUAACUCAGCAAAACUACCCAACUCAGCACCCUCCUCUGUCUCUACCAUUAAAGAGUCGAUUCCUUCAGAAGAGUUGACAGUCCUCCCACUUCUUCAAACUUCCCUUAUUCUUACUUGUUGUGGUUGUUGUUGUUGUUGUUGUUUUUUGCAUGUAAGAGAAACAACUAACAUACUGUACCAGUAAGAAUAUAAAAUAAUACACCCUCGGUUAAUACAAUACAUUUUAAUGUUGUUACAUUUUUCAGUGGCAGGACAUUGACUGCUCCUGGAGGACAUCACAUCUUUAUUGGAACUACUCCGGUUAAAUAAUCUAAAUCAAACACUAUUACAACUGGCCAUGAAGGCAUCACCUGGUGCUGCCACCUAGCUGUGGAAAACAAUAAAUACAAGUUAAACAUGGUAUACAGUACAUGUUAUGACAAUUGUGUUGACUAGAGCUUCACGGAACUGUACCAUAAUGGAAGCCCAUAUGGCUAGUUGGUUUGGUUCACAGGGUCAGCCCCAUGGGGAAGCGGUCAUGGUCAUGCUGCGUCUUCUAUCCUUGGCUGCAUCCGAAAUGGCACCAUAUUCCCCUAUGCGGGCCCUGGUCAAAAGUAUUGCACUAGGGAAUACGGUGCCAUUUCGGAUGAACCCCUCUUCUCUGCUUCCAUUGAAACGCUUCGGACGUGGUGGUGACACGGCUGACUCUUUGACCUCUGACCUCUUUGCCAGGUGCCGGAGUGGACCAAGUGCAGCAGCCGCGAGAAAAGAAAAGAAAAGAAGGCGGACAAGCCAUUCUACUCUGACUCGGAGGGCGAGUCUGGCCCAACCGAAUCUGCUGACAGUGGUAACUAGGGCUGCUUACUUCCAUACACAACCUCACAACCCCCUUCACCACACUUCCUAACAUGAAGAAUAAUACAGUGAUAACGUAAAAAGCGUUUGUGUGUGUGUGCAUCUGUGGAAAUGUUUGCCUAUAUGUGUUUUAUGGUGUCCUAUGAGUAGGGUUGAAAAGGGAGGGUAUAUUACUGUCAACUUUCUACGUUUACCAGUAAACCACCGGAAUUUGGGAAACCUUCAAGGAUUCUAUAGAAUUUUCAUAAAGUGUCAAAUAUAUAAAAUAAUAUGAUUUUAAAAUACAAAAUUAAAUGAUAAAGCUGUAAAACAUUAUCCUAAAUAUAACCCAUCAACUUAGUGAAUACCGUUGGUGUUUAAUAUCAGGGUUUCAGCAUGAAAUAUCCUUUUUACACACUUUUAUUUAUUUUACUAUGUCAAUAUGUCUUUGUUGUAAAUGUUUUGGAGGCAGUUGUGAAAACAGCCAAUAGCUGGGAGAGUUGCAGAGUUAAUUGAAAAUGAUGCCAUCGUUUAUUCUAUGAUUUUUUCAUUAAUUAGCCUAUUUUCCACUACAACCUCAUGGAAAAUGUGGAGACAGAUUUACAAAAAAAUGAAUAUUUUAUAUCAAAAGUAUAAAUUACCAAAGUUAUAAUAGAUUGCCAUAGAUUACCUGUUAAUAAAAAAUUACUGAAAAUGCCAGUAACUUUGGUAAAUUACAGGUCUUUUGCGACCCUACCUAUAAGUAUAUCAGACAGAAUCUGUGUAGGAUGGGAUGAAUAUAAACCUUUCCUCUCCACCCCCAGUAUCAGACACAGCCAGCGGCUCAGAGAGUGGCAGUGGCAGUGAGGAGAGCGGCUCGGGAUCCGAGAGUGAGGAGAGCAACGAGGAGUCCGAGUCUGCAAGUGAGGAGGAAGAGAGGAAGAAGAAAAAGAAGAAUGUGGAGAAGAUCAAAGCAAGGAAACCUGUUCCAGAAAGUGAAAGGUAGCACACAUUUUUCCCUUAAAAAGAUGUUCCGGAAAAUUGAAAACUACCUCGUUCUUUUUUAUACCUCACGUUUUGGACUCGACAUGUCAAUGUAUGGCUCAUACAUGCAUAAUAAACUAUCUACAUUCUAACCUGCCAUCAUUUAGAAUAUGCUCGUUCCUGUGAUGUAGCGAACCCCCGCUCUGAAGCAAGUUUUCAAGUGGUUGCAUGCAUUUACAUUUACAUUUUACAUUUACAUUUACAUCAUUUAGCAGACGCUCUUAUCCAGAGCGACUUACAAAUUGGUGCAUUCACCUUAUAGCCAGUGGGAUAAACACUUUACAAUAUGUUUUUUUCUUUUUUUUCUUUCUUUCUUUGGGGUGGGUGAAGGGGGGUAGAAUGAUUACUUUAUCCUAUCCCAGGUAUUCCUUAAAGAGGUGGGGUUUCAAGUGUCUCCGGAAGGUGGUGAGUGACUCCGCUGUCCUGGCGUCGUGAGGGAGCUUGUUCCACCAUUGGGGUGCCAGAGCAGCGAACAGUUUUGACUGGGCUGAGCAGGAACUGUGCUUCCGCAGAGGUAGGGGGGCCAGCAGGCCAGAGGUGGAUGAACGCAAUGCCCUCGUUUGGGUGUAGGGACUGAUCAGAGCCUGAAGGUACGGAGGUGCCGUUCCCCUCACAGCUCCGUAGGCAAGCACCAUGGUAUUGUAGCAGAUGCGAGCUUCAACUGGAAGCCAGUGGAGUGUGCGGAGGAGCGGGGUGACGUGAGAGAACUUGGGAAGGUUGAACACCAGACGGGCUGCGGCAUUCUGGAUGAGUUGUAGGGGUUUAAUGGCACAGGCAGGGAGCCCAGCCAACAGCGAGUUGCAGUAAUCCAGACGGGAGAUGACAAGUGCCUGGAUUAGGACCUGUGCCGCUUCCUGUGUAAGGCAGGGUCGUACUCUCCGAAUGUUGUAGAGCAUGAACCUACAGGAUCGGGUCACCGCCUUGAUGUUAGCGGAGAACGACAGGGUGUUGUCCAGGGUCACGCCAAGGCUCUUCGCACUCUGGGAGGAGGACACAACAGAGUUGUCAACCGUGAUGGCGAGAUCAUGGAACGGGCAGUCCUUCCCCGGGAGGAAGAGCAGCUCCGUCUUGCCGAGGUUCAGCUUGAGGUGGUGAUCCGUCAUCCACACUGAUAUGUCUGCCAGACAUGCAGAGAUGCGAUUCGCCACCUGGUUAUCAGAAGGGGGAAAGGAGAAGAUUAGUUGUGUGUCGUCUGCGUAGCAAUGAUAGGAGAGGCCAUGUGAGGAUAUGACAGAGCCAAGUGACUUGGUGUAUAGCGAGAAUAGGAGGGAAUACUGGUCUGUAGUUGUUGACAUCAGAGGGAUCGAGUGUUGGUUUUUUGAGAAGGGGUGCAACUCUCGCUCUCUUGAAGACGGAAGGGACAUAGCCAGCGGUCAAGGAUGAGUUGAUGAGCGAGGUGAGGUAAGGGAGAAGGUCACCGGAGAUGGUCUGGGGAAGAGAGGAGGGGAUAGGGUCAAGCGGGCAGGUUGUUGGGCGGCCGGCCGUCACAAGUCGCAAGAUUUCAUCUGGAGAGAGAGGGGAGAAAGAAGUCAAAGCAUAGGGUAGGGCAGUGUGAACAGGACCAGCAGUGUCAUUUGACUUAACAAACAAGGAUCGGAUGUCGUCAACCUUCUUUUCAAAAUGGUUGACGAAGUCAUCCACAGAGAGGGAGGAGGGGGGGGAGGGGGGUGGAGGAUUCAGCAGGGAGGAGAAGGUGGCAAAGAGCUUCCUAGGGUUAGAGGCAGAUGCUUGGAAUUUAGUGGUAGAAAGUGGCUUUAGCAGCAGAAACAGAUGAAGAAAAUGUAGAGAGGAGGGAGUGAAAAGAUGCCAGGUCCGCAGGGAGUCUAGUUUUCCUCCAUUUCCGCUCGGCUGCCCGGAGCCCUGUUCUGUGAGCUCGCAAUGAGUCGUCAAGCCACGGAGCAGGAGGGGAGGACCGAGCCGGCCGGGAGGAUAGGGGACAUAGAUAGUUGAAGGAUGCAGAAAGGGAGGAGAGGAGGGUUGAGGAGGCAGAAUCAGGAGAUUGGAGGGAGAAGGAUUGAGCAGAGGGAAGAGAUUAUAGGAUGGAAGAGGAGAGAGUACCGGGAGAGAGAGAGCAAAGGUUGCGACGGCGCAUUACCAUCUGAGUAGGGGCAGAGUGAGUAGUGUUGGAGGAGAGCGAGAGAGAAAAGGAUACAAAGUAGUGGUCGGAGACUUGGAGGGGAGUUGCAGUGAGAUUAGUAGAAGAACAGCAUCUAGUAAAGAUGAGGUCAAGCGUAUUGCCUGCCUUGUGAGUAGGGGGGGACGGUGAGAGGGUGAGGUCAAAAGAGGAGAGGAGUGGAAAGAAGGAGGCAGAGAGAAAUGAGUCAAAGGUAGACGUAGGGAGGUUGAAGUCACCCAGAACUGUGAGGGGUGAGCCAUCCUCAGGAAAGGAACUUAUCAAGGCGUCAAGCUCAUUGAUGAACUCUCCAAUGGAACCUGGAGGGCGAUAAAUUACAAGGAUGUUAAGCUUGAAUGGGCUAGUGACUGUGACAGCAUGGAAUUCAAAUGAGGAGAUAGACAGAUGGGUCAGGGGGAAAAGAGAGAAUGUCCACUUGGGAGAGAUGAGGAUUCCUGUGCCACCACCCCGCUGACCAGAUGCUCUCGGGGUAUGCGAGAACACAUGGUCAGACGAGGAGAGAGCAGUAGGAGUAGCAGUGUUUUCAGUGGUAAUCCAUGUUUCCGUCAGCGCCAAGAAGUCGAGGGACUGGAGGGUAGCAUAGGCUGAGAUGAACUCUGCUUUGUUGGCCGCAGAACGGCAGUUCCAGAGGCUGCCGGAGACCUGGAACUCCAUGUGGGUCGUGCGUGCAGGGACCACCAGGUUAGAGAGGCAGCAGCCACGCUGUGUGAGGCGUUUGUAUAGCCUGUGCGGAGAGGAGAGAACAGGGAUAGACAGAGGCAUAGUUGACAGGCUACAGAAAAUGGCUACAAUAAUGCAAAGGAGAUCGGAAUGAAAUGAACUAAACAUCUGGGAAAGCGAGAGAGCGGGGCCUCCCUCACUUACGUUUCACUGAAACACCCAAAUAUAACUCUCCCAACUUCCACCUCAGAAACUAUAAUUGUUGUAAACUACCGCGGUUCAAUGUUUUCUAGGAAUAGACUAACUUAGUUUAUUCAGCUAGCUAACUUGGUACAGUAUUCUUCCGUGAAAACCGUCCAGGGCAUCUAGUCAUAUGACGCCACAGCCAACUAGCAUGCCGGACUCCAACAACACGGUUUAGCACCAAUACUCGGCCACAACAAACCACCAGUGUGUCAACACGCCAAGCAGAUCAUUCGUGUCCGUGUCUAAUGUUGUGGGUUAGUCCCGACAGCUUGAGCGAGUCCGUCGUCAACUUAUUCAGCCAGUUAGUUAGCUAGAAUAGUUAGCAUACUAGCUAGCCAUUGCUUUCUGCCAACGAAGAAACCCGUCCUCCCACGGCACGAACACACAGAGAGAGCCAAGCUAACGUUAACUAGUCACCCAUGUCCCGAAUUCCCUUGAACGACUCUGGCUACCAGUAUGUAAAAACAAAACACAAAUGUAGGUUAUAACUUACCAUUAGUUAGCAUGCCUUACCAUUAGUUAUUUUGAUAACAGUGAAAAUACAUUGAAUGCAUCAAUCAAAUCCAUGCAUCAUAAGUGAGAAAACAUUUACAAUUAUAAGUUAUAUCUAUUAGACCUUGGUAGUGGUUUCAUUUAUCUCUUUCAAUGCCUUUCUCUGCAAACCAGAAAAUGUUGUGCGCUAAAGAUGGCAUUGUAGGCACACAAAUACUUUAGAAUAUCAUUGUUAACCCAAUCAGAAACACUAUGCUCACAACCUGUAUCUUGCUGGUGUAUUUUGUUUACAUUUUUGAAUAUAUUGUGGAAUAGGCUAUAAGAUUUUUACAAGGCACGCAUCCAUCCAUCCCUUUCGUGAAUCGCAACACAACACACAACUUUGAUGCGCUCGAGAAAUGUAUACUGCAAACUUUCACCCACUUUUUAGAUGAACAAUUAUUGGCCUACCUUGGUAUUUUAUUAGGACCCCCAUUAGCUGUUGCGAAAGCAGCAGCUACUCUUCCUGGGGUCCACAUGAAACAUGAUAUAAUACAGAACAUGAAUAGACAAGAACAGCUCAAGGACAGAAGUACAUCCAGCCAACAUGUCAGUACAUACACACAAACUAUCUAGGUCAAAUAGGGGAAAGGUUUUGUGCCGUGAGGUGUUAGUUUAUCUUUUUUUUUUUUUACCAGGUUCGCUGUUCAUUUGAGCAGUAUGAGAUGGAAGGGAGUUCCAUGCAAUAAUGGCUCUAUAUAAUACUGUAUGCUUUCUUGAAUUUGUUCUCGAUUUGGGGACUGUGAAAAGACCCCUGGUGGCAUGUCUGGUGAGGUAAGUGUCAGAGUUGUGUGUAAGUUGACUUUGCAAACAAUUUGGCAUUUUCUACACAUUAAUGUUUCUUAUAAAAAGAAGAAGUGAUGCAGUCAGUCUCUCCUCAACUCUUAGCCAAGAGAGACUGGCAUGCAUAGUAUUUAUAUUAGCCCUCUGAUUAUAAUGAAGAGCAAGACGUGCCGCUCUGUUCUGGGCCAGCUGCAGCUUAACUAGGUAUUUCCUUGCAGCACUACACCACACGACUGGACAAUAAUCAAGAUAAGACUAAACUAGAGCAGGACUUUUUCGAAUGCGGUGUCAUGCGGAGCAUCUCUUAAUUACGGACAGACCUCUCCCCAUCUUUAUAACCAUUGAAUUUAUAUGUUUUGACUAAGACAGUUUACAAUCUAAGCUAACACCAAGUAAUUUAGUCUCCUCAACUUGUUCAACAGCCACACCAUUCAUUACCAGAUUCACCUUUAUGUUGUGUCAACCGGCCAUCCAAAUAAAAUAAUUUAAUGUGUCCACCUUUUUUCUUUAUAAACUUUCACACACGUAUUCCAUGAUAUGGGGUAAUCCAAUGUAGGCAAUACUACAGCUGUUAAUUGCCAGCGAUCAUCAUUCAUCACGUAGGCAUAUGAUAUAAUUGAGACACAACUUUCAAGGAGUAGGAUAUUUGAUGCAAACAUAAGUAUACAUUUUCGCUUACUCAUUUGCCAUACUAAUCUGAUGAGACCAUGCGCUACAAUGGGAGCUAUAAUGGGAACUAGCCUGCGACAACCGAGUUUGAUGGACAAUGUUGAUUGGCAGGUGGAUUGAUGUCCAAUGAGGUUGCAAGGGUAAAUUGGGAGGCGGGAUCAGCACAGUAUCAGCACAGUAUUGUCCAAUGAGGUUGCGGGGUUAGCCCAACAUGAACACCACAGAGUUUUUUUUAUUUUCUUCGGGCACACGCUACAGAGGCUCGAGAACAAUAAUGGGAUGACGUGCACAAUUUUCGGGGACACGUUUUGGCUCGUGAGCGCUACUUUCAAAACUACUGGCUAAAAUUAGACAAAACCGUUAUAACGCAUCUUUAAUAUCAAAAGUUGAAAUGUUUAGUUUUUUUCUUUACUUUUUUAAUUCAUAUUAAAAAGGUGUGUAACCAAGUAUGUAACCCAGAGACUGUAGUCAAAAUCUGUAGCAGAGCACUAGGAAAUGCAAUCCUAUGACAUCAAGAGCUCUAAAGAUGUGAAAUUCCUUCAUUAAACCUUUGACACUUGUUGACCAUUGCAUCACAGUGAGCAGAGCAGUGGAGAGGAUGAGAAGAAGAGUGAGAGGAAGAGCAAACCGCGGAUUGGUAGCUCCGAGUCUGAAUCCGAGGAGGACGAGGAUAGUGAAUCAGAGAGCAGCGAGUCAGAGGAAGAGGAGUCAGAAGAGGAGUCAGAUGAGGAGACCAAGAAGAAAAAGAAGGUGGGUAAUGAGAGAGAGACUCGAAAAUACACAUACUACAGACACACACACACACAGAGACGUAACACACACAUUCUACAUUGGCAUUAUCUGAUGGUUGGCAUAAAGCACAUUUGAUAUUCUUCGAUGUCAACAUUCCCAAUGUAUACAGUAAACUAAUAAACUUAAAGGGCAAUUCUGCCACUUUUCAACCUCAUAUUCAUAAUCUCCAGCACCAACCAGUGUCUACAUAUGUGAAAACAGUGCGUUUCUGUGGUUAAAAAGACAAGAAGAAAGGUCAUAAAGAAAUGCUUCUCUGUGACAUCACAGGCUAGGAUUAAAAGUAAGAAACUGCAAUGAGUUUCUACCCCAAGGGAGGGUCUUUUCUUGCUCCCUGCGAAUAUCAUAGUGUUUGAAAAUCACUAUUUUUUUCUACCAAAUCUAGAAAUUAGCAAUUUUCACAUGUAUUGACACUGGUAUUCAAAUCAAAUCAAAUUGUAUUGGUCACAUACACAUGUUUAGCAGAUGUUAUUGCGGGUAUAGCGAAAUGCUUGUGUUUCUAGCUCCAACAGUGCAGUAAUAUCUAACAAUUCACAACAAUACACACAAUACACACAAAUCUAAAAGUAAAAUAAUGGAAUAAAGAAAUCUAUAAAUAUUAGGACGAGCAAUGUCGGAGUGGCAUAGACUGAAAUACAGUAGAAUAGAAUACAGUAUAUACAUAUGAGAUGAGUAAAGUGACUAGUGUUCCAUUAUUAAAGUGGCCAGUGAUUCCAAGUCUAUGUAUAUAGGGUAGCAGCCUCUAAGGUGCAGGGUUGCGUAACCGGGUGGAAGUCGCCUAGUGAUGGCUAUUUAACAGUCUGAUGGCCUUGAGAUAGAAGCUGUUUUUCAGUCUCUCUGUCCCAAUUUGAUGCACCUGUACUGACCUCGCCUUCUGUGCUGGAGAUAAUGAAAAUUAGGUUGAAAAGUCGUGGAGUUGCCCAAGGCACUACUUUCAUUUACCGGUAUCUGCAAGUCCAGCCCUUAUAUUUAGCCUCACAAUUAAGUGUUUUACCAUUUUCUUUUCAGGUUAACCAGGGCUACAAGUAGAACACAAAAGAGUUUAACAUAAACAGUUGUAUUCAUGAGUAUUAUUGACAAAUGUCAAUAAAAGAAACAAGGUCUGCCAAGUAAAAACCUGAUGAUAAAAUUGAAUUUAAGUACAGAAAUUGUUUGCUCAGUAGGAAAUUAAUAUCCAACUAGUCAGUGGCAAAUGUGAAGUUUGGAGUUUGUGACAGCAACUAUGUGAGCUUAUGUCCUGGGAUUUCCUAUGAUCGUCAAUGUAGAAAAACUCCAUACCUUCAAACUACUCUUGUGUGGCUUGUGAGCGUCAUAGAUCAAAACACGCACGCAAAACAUGCACGAUUACAUGUACGUCUUCGUGAGAGUCUCAGCUUUCCAUAGAUGGGUUUGUAGCUCAAACCAUUCCGACUUUACAGACGUCUUUGUGAGAGGAACCGGCCCCAGAACCCUUUGGGAUCCGCCCUUGUCUCACAAACACCGCCCUAGCUCAGCCCACGUUAAUCACACAGACUAGUGGUUGGUUUCAAAGGAUGCAAAAGAGAUGAAUCCAAUGGUUCAACAGAAGUCUGUAGCUCAAACACACAAUGUUUAAAAUGGGUUAGAAGUCCAAAACGCCCGGCGUCACGUUGGGUAUGUAUGAACAUACUCCUUUGCUUUCAUGCACAAGUGGUAAUAUCGUUUAUAUCUAUUUACUUUUGUUCCUCCUUUAAACACUAUAUUCAGGUGGCAGGUCUCCUUUUGCUUGUGGGUUAGUUUCUCUUUCUCUUAUUUUCAGACCACAGCAUCUAAACCUCCCUCCAAACCACCCAAAAAAGAGAACAAGAAAGACAAGAAAGAAAUGUCUCUGCUUGAUUUUGAUGACUGUAAGUUCACCUCCUUUUUACUAAACCCACGAUACCAGGAAUACAGUGACACACUACACUUUCCCCCUCAAGUAGUCCUACAUAGAAUUUGAAUGGGAUGAUGAACAAUUGAUCAUCGAUGUCACUGGAUAAGUCUAUUUUAAUUAUGUGCAGAUUUAUUCUCUAUUAUUUAAAAUUGUACAUAAAAUGUUUAAAAUCAAAUAUAUUUGUGUCUGUGGUACUCAACAUUGCAACUUCAGAAGUCCACGAUCACCAUUGUCCAUGAUACUGAAUCACCGCUAUUUGCUUGUUUGUUUACAUUAGCACAGCAUCAGACUAUAAAUGAUUGCUUUCCAGUCUUUGAGAAAACGCUGUGCUCCUUCCUCUUCCUAGUUGACCCUGCUCCGUCUCCGUCUCAAGUCACGCCCCUCAACAACUUCCUGUCCAGCAGCCUAGUGACAGAUCUGGAGGGCUUAUCCCUGACUGACAACGUUCUGUCCCCUACGGUGAGUACCCUUUCUAGGACAUAAACUACCCCUAGCCCCUACCCCCGAGGGCCUGAGCACUUCAUGUAGAUGUAGCUUGAUAGAGAGAGAUACUGUAUGUAGAUAUAAAGAGAGAUUAAGUACCAUACAUUCAAAGCUUUAUAAAAUGUAAUGAGUGACGAUUUUACUGAAUAUUUUCGAAGAUGUAUAGUAUAUUUGGAUACAUUUUAGGGGGUAACCCCAACCGGGAUUCGAACCUGGGUCCAGUGACUGUCAACCCAACACUAUAGCCCUUACAUCAACAGAUCACUAUAACCCUCUGUUUCCAUACCUCAGACCAUCGCCCCAUCCUGCAACCUGAAGACCUAUGAGCUGCUCCACCGUAUCACCGGCGAGGGCCUAUCAGUAGAGUACUGCUUCAACCGCCAGCCGUUCAGCCCCGACCCACACAUGGUGGCAGUCAAAAUCCAGUUCACCAACAGCGCCACCUCCGAGGCCAAGAGCCUGCACGUGGAGGACGUCAAGUUGCAGUCGGGCAUGAGGAUCAAAGAGUUCCUUGAGAUCGGUCAGUCAACAUUUCACUACAGAAUUCCUCUUUUAAUAGUUUUGAAGAAGGGGUUCUAAAAGGGUUCUUUGAGGACAGGUAGGGUUCUACAUGGAACCCUUUUUUUAUCUGAAGAAGCCUUUUUGGAAAAGAUAAUUGAAAGAAAUGGUUCUUUGUUGGGUUAAAAUGUUCUACGUGGAACAAAAAAGAAACGGGAGCCAGUUUAAAUUUGAAUUACACAUCAGUCAUUCAGUGAUCUAUCUAGGUAGCUGUUUGUCAUUGUUUUGGGCUAGUUAGUGGACUGUCUCUUUUACCUAGUAUCUUGUGUUGUUUUCAGAGGUGUUACCUGCGGGUGAGACUGUUAGCGUGGUGAUGGGCAUCGACUUCUGUGAUUCCACACAGGCGGCCAACUUCCAGCUCUGGUAAGGAAGAGCCUGCUCCCAGAUGGCUGUAGAUUGCUUAGAUCCCAACUAGCGUCUGUGUACUUUCCCCUCCCCCCAUAUGGCCUGUCACGUAUCACCACUAGUGUUGCAAAAUUCUGGAAACUUUCCCAAAGUUCCUGGGUUUUUCAGCAAUCCUGGUUGGAAGAUUCCGAGUUGGAGGAUUCCCUACCUGCGUAUUCCCUCCUGGUUCCGGGAAUCCUACUGGGAAUUCUGGAAAACCAGAGAAUUCCUGGGAAAGUUUCCUGAAUUUUGCGACCCUAAUCACUGCACAGUAUUAUUGCUCUAUUCUCCUCUAUUCUCCUAUGUCAUGUCUUAUUGUUCCUUUGCAGCACUCACACCAGGAAGUUCUUUGUAUCGAUCCAGCCACCGGUUGGAGAGCUGAUGAUGCCGAUCUUUAUGACAGAAAAUGAGUUCAAAAAGGAGCAAGGUGAGCACAGGAACCACUGCAUGGAAAUUAACCAAUUUAACUAAAACAUCAAUGUGACACGAAACCCCCUCAAACACAUUUGAUAUGGGCCCCAUUUUGACUGUGCUAAAGAAACAAUGCUAGUGUCAACAAAGAGUAAUACAACGUUAUUGUUUUGUAAUAGUAAAAUCCCUGAAUUGAUGCAGUUUGUUUUGAGAUGUCUUUGCCUCUGGGUGUUGUUUUGGGUUGGUAUCCAAAAGAACACUCAAGAAUUUGUACAUUUCUGAGGCAAAUCAUAGUAUAUUUAUUUUUUCUCACUAAUGAAUGGCAGUUUCCAUCAGUCACUACACAAACUAACCCUAACAAUGGCAUGUGACUACUACCGCACUAUCACCUCUGACUUGAUCAAAUCCACACCCACCAGGAAACCUUGGUAUUCAUUCUAACCUGGUUUAAUAGCAAUGGUCACCCUUGGAGCAGAAUCACUAACACUGGGCAAGGCUUUCAACUCAAAUCCAACCAUAUUGUGUGUUUAAACGUGUCAUAUCCUCCGUUCUUCCCUCUUGAUACUGGUCCCAAUAGAGACGCUAUUACAAAGUCUAGGUAAGUUUCCUUUGAUAGAACUUGUUCUCGUCAGCUGUCUAUGUGCCACCUGCCUUAACAACCCACCCCCCAUACGAGACUCAACCUCUCCUCCCCAUCCUUCCCCUCAACAUCUCCUCCCUUGCUUCAAGCUGUUCCCCCCUAUAACCCCCUCAGCGAUGUCUAAUGCCUGGGAGCCGAUGACUAUUUGCACUAUGUAUCUCCAGUUCACUUCAAUGGCAGACACAAUUGACCUAACAUAACCUAACCUGCAUCCCAGCCUCUAACGUGUACUGUAGCUCCACUGGGAAUGACUGGGAAUGCUCCACUUAGAUCCACUAAUCCCGAAUCAAUGUCCUAGCACUAUGGAAUACUGUAGUUCCGGGAAUGCGCAAAGAGGAUGUCCGAUUUAGAAAAAGGCACUGCAUUUGAAACCAUUGCGCUCUUCUUUCACAGCAUUGAUUGUAUUGUAUUAUACAGGCUGUAAGACACAUGGGCUGUAACUAAUGCAUACUGUAGGCCACAUUCAUCACAUUCAGAUGUUUUAGAGAAAUAUAGCUAACUUAACUUUGUCUGAAUGGUGAGAGGACAGUAUAGCAUGCUGCUUCCAGUUAAUGCAUAUAAUGGUGUUUUUAUAAUACAUUACAAGUUAAUGUUCAUUGUAUUCUAGAUUUAGCGUGGAGGAAGUUUGUGGAGAAGUUUGCUGAAUUCAGCCAUAUAUAACUAAGACAUCACAGAACGAAGAGGGAACAUUUCAAUCUCUUUCAGGAAGCCUUUUCUAUGUUCAAGGAAGUUUGACAGUGAUAUAUGAGAAAAUGUGACAAAAAGACAAGCAGGAUAGAAAUAUGAGUUAUAGACCUGCAACCUGAUAAGUAAAGUAAUCCACGUGCAGGCUAUUCCCCUCGAACUCCUGUUUUUGGCAAAUAUCAGAUUACUUUCUUAUUCUUAGGAAAGUGUCACUGCCUUGUGAGUUUGUUUUCCACAUUAAGCACCAUGCUUAUUUAAUGGCACAUAUUUGUAGUCUUUUAAUCCUAAAGCAUAUUAUAGUGAGUGUAGUCCUAAGAGAAUUGUGCAAAUCCCAACCCCUUUAUGGUAGUAGACCCUAUAGAGUUUUAGAUUGUUGUAGCAUCAAAUGGUAUAUGGACACAAAUGCCUCCAUAUAGUAUGAGAUAUUACACAAGGAGGUUUGGUUGAAAUGUUAUGUAUUCACUGGACAGUCUCCUAUUUUGAAGGAGUCUGGUGUCAAUGAGCAUUCAUAAAAACAAAAUUCAAUUGGCCUUCUACAAACACAUGUUCAAUCUCACUCAAGCUGGAACCUGCAAUUCAUCUUUCCUCGAUUCCUCGAUUUCCUUGCAUCCCUAAAAAGUAUUGGAGAAGAAGGUCUGAUGGGAGGGACCUUGGACCGUCUCCUCCAAUACAGUUGAGAAGGAGCCGAGGAGAUAGGAUGCAAGGAAUCGCGGGAAGACGAAUUGAGAUGCUGAUGCAGACUCCUCGACCACUCAUCUUUUGACCGCUACUAUUUUGUACUGUCCUCAGGUCAGUUGAUGGGCAUGAAUGAGAUCACAGAGAAGCUGACCCUGGAAGAGAAGUGUCAGGGCGAGCACACUAUUGUCCAGAGGGUUACCACUGCCGCCAACCUCGGCCGAGUGCCCUGUGGCUCAGACAAGGAGUGCAGGUGAGAGGGGCGGGCGUUUGGAAAAGUUGUCAAAGUUGGCAGAUGGCGCCAGAAUACAUAUUGAUAUAAAAAAUUUUUAUUUGUUGAAUUAGUAUGUUGCAUGUUUUAUUAGACAGAGGAGAUAGUAGGGGAAUGUGUCAAAUAGGCAGUUAUGAAAUCAUGAAAGAGUGUUGCUGGUUUUGUGUCAUAAUAUUGAUUCAACUAUAAUUUGGUAUUUUUUUUUUUUUUCUUCAACUUCAUCUUUACUUCUGCUCUUUGAUCUUUGAACUUAGCCCUCCUGUUCCUCCUCCCCCGUUUACGAUUCACAGGUUCGCUGGGAAGACAGUGACCAGUGGCAGCCUUGUACUGGUCAGUGUGGUGACCAAAGAGGACGGGGCCGCCCAGCUGACAGUCAACUGUGAGAAAAUGGUGAUUGGCACGAUGCUGGUCAAGGAUAUCCUUCAGGCCCUCACCCAGUGAUGACCCCCAAAUCUUGACCCCUGACCUUUGACCCCAGCAAUUUCCUUCCUCUCCUAGAGCUCGGUUCUGUCUCCCUUUGCUCACUCACAUACAACCACACAUUCAUCCACUCCCGUUCCACAUACCCCCAAACUUAGAGUCCUCUUACUCUUCUUUUAAGAUACUGAUAGUCUGAUAAGAAUAUGUUGAAGACAGGUUUGAUCUAUCGACCAAUUGAUAUUCUGCAUGUAAUGCAGGUUUCAAACAAAUUAUGAUGAUUUUUUACUUAUAGGAGAGAUGCAUAUCUGGUGGGAAAUAAUGGGCCCCACUUUGUCUUUUAAAAUCACUUCUUUACGAACCGUCGUAACAAAUUACAGAAUGGCAUUACUGUACACGAUUUGUAAUGACAAUAAGUCAUUAAGAAUCAUUCCACUGAGCAAAUAAAAUCUGUGACGACGUUGAAUCAACAUGGAAAACUGAU